AUGAACCCGGCUGUGGAUCACGAAAACCACGGUAUGAGAUCCAGUUAGGGGGUACACCGCGUAGGAGGGACAGGUCGUUCCAUGCGCCUCCUGCUGCUCCGCACGACCCUUAACUGAUGCCCAACUCCAUCCGUGCCUAACGGUCAUACCCUGGUAGCCACCUCAGCCUGUGGAGUAAACCAAAUGAGUUAUCGGGUGCGUCUACCCAAACACACACGGCAGUCCCGUUCGCUGUUCCAUUAUUCUGCCCCUCCUCAUCCCCCCGCCCCCCAGCUUAACCUGCGGAGAGGAAGAUAUGCAAUCCCGUAGGUGACUAAGGCCAACUCGGCUCGUCUUCCCAAUAAAGAAAGUUGAAACCCAUAGUUGAAUUUGGCAGUCGCCUAAAAGUUCCAAGCAACCCUCUUAAGGGGCAGCACUGUUUGCUCCCUCGCUGGAAAAGGUUCCAUAAACAAAUGCUGGGAAAUCGUACCGUCCACAAGCUGACCGUGACUUGUGAACUCAAUACUCGCGGGCGAAGGCCACAAAAAAUCUACUCACCCGCCCCCAUCCCUCCAGUCCACUCCAGAGACUGCUAGGGUAGCCUAGAAAUGGUAGUCUAGAAUGCUUGACUUUACCUAAACAACCCGCCAAGCAACCGACCGGAAAGGAGAACAGCGCUGAUGCGAGACAAGGUGGACAUCACGGUUUUUGGUGAGAUCCGACUAUCUAAAAUAAAUUAUCUGACCGACGUGUGUGCAGGCUACAGUUUCUUCUGGAAAUUACGCCCAAAGACAAAACAACAUGACGCUGGCGUCGCUUUCGCCAUCACGAACGACAUGGUUGAACGACUGCCCUGUCUGCCACAGGGCAUUAACGAACAUCUCAUGACUCUGCGCCUCCCUCUUCAUCAUCAUCAGGACCUAUGCCCCCCAUCUAAUGACCAACUCCGACGAGGCGAAGAACAAAUUUUAUGACGAUCUGCACGCUCUCCUUGCGAUUGUGUCGAAGUGGGCAAGCGGACUGUCCUUAGUGACAUCAAUGCUCGCGUCGGCACAGAUCAUGCUGCAUGUGAGAGUGUUGGAUCUCCAAGGAAUUGGCACCUUCAACAACAACGGCUUCCCUCUCCUACAGACUUAUGCGGAGCACAACCUCCCCAUAACCAACACAUUCUUCCACCUUUCAACACAGGAGAAGACAGCUUUGAUGCAUCACCCCCGGAUCGCGACGCUGGCAGCUGCUGCACUAUGUUUUCGUCCGGAGGCGAGAUCGGUGAGGCGUGCUAGUGAAAAAAGCUAUCUGUGAUGCGGACUGCUGAGCGGACCACUGCACUGUCUACUCCGAGAUGAGGCUACAGAUACAACCCUGCAGACGGCCGCAAGCUUAGCAGCCACCAGGUAAACCAAACACUGGCAUGUUGAACAUGGUUCAACACCGCUUAAAUUUCAGCAAACUUCUGAGUCCACCUCUAAAAGGCAUGUCGGUUUCAGGAGGUAACGCAAUUGCAGAGACGAAAUGGAACCAAACACGGAACGUCAUCCACCCCACCGCUCUGAACGUCCUUCGUGGCGCACGAUAACAUCAGCAGGACUGGUUUUAUGUCAACAACGGAGAAGUGCGAGGGCAAGUUCCAGGAAGCCGUUCAGACGAAGGGGAUAAGAUCUUUAGAAGAAGUUUAUUGGGAGGGAAUUUCGGAUUCACACUCAAGCCCAUUAUCAGAGACAGCCGCAGCUAAAGAUGACGAAGGCGUAGUGGGUGCAGUAUUUAUAGGACGCACUCGGCCCAGGACCCAGAUAUACCUUCAAGUCUGAUGAGGCCGAAAUUCUCGCAAGAGGUGACAACCGCGUGAGUUGCGAGUUACGAAAGUCAUGAUUCUCUGUCCUGCAAACGCAAGGACCUCCUGCGCCGAUAUUCUUUGCUGAGAAUUUGCCUCGGCAGGGAAAUCAGUCAUGUGGGGAGAGUGCGGGCGGCCUACAGUUCCGGUGGCAGCAAGCCAAAUCGCAGAAUAUCUAUGACGUUACGAAUCAGCAACUGUGGUGAAAAUACUACACUUAACGACUCGAGUGCGGACUAGCAAGCCAUCAACGCAUCAAAAACGACCCCAAGGGAUGAACACGGGACUGCUAAUUAUGGAGGCACGUGGUAGCGUGAGACCUGCAUUCUAUACAUACUGCACUCCUUGUGCGUCCCCAUCACCCCCUCUGCGACUGUCUCUGGUGAUGGGUUCGAGUGUAAGUCCGAAAAUUUGGGCCACCAAACUUAUUGUUCCAACAUUUAGUCCUUCUUCUUCCGAACGACGAAGGAGCCUGCAAUCAGCCUCUCGAGAAGAAGAAGAAGAAGAAGAAGAAGAAGAAGAAGAAGAAAAAGAAGAAGAAGAAGCUACACGCUGCCUACAUCAACAGCGGCACCAAUUCCCACAAAGCAGCCUUCUUUCAUUGUCGCUGCCUGGUGCAACAGCGGUUGCGGAAGGUAAAAAAAUACUUGAAUGAAUCGCAAGGCAGACGAAAUACAAGGAUAUGCGGACCGAAACGAAAGAAAAAAUGUCUUCGAGUCAGUUAGGGUGACCUACAUCCUUCACAUCAAAUGGAAUGAGUGGCCCCUUAGUUUCGACGAGGCGACACCCCUCACGGAGAAAUCGCAGGUUAUGCAUAGGUUGCAUGAUACACCAUACUUGACAGCACAGGUGCUAGCUAGAAGCCCAGACACGUGUUUCGCCAAUAUUCUGCCGCUGCAUGACACAGUUGCGAGGGGUUCGGUUCAUCAGUGAGUCCCCAGCGUUCUCCGUGUACAUUUUGGCUGAUACUUCAGUUUUAAAAUUGCUACUGUUUCAUUUCCUCAGAAAUUAAUCGUUAACUUGCAGUACAUCGCAGAUUUUGAAGCACUGGAUCCAGCACUUCAGAAGCGUCCUCAACCGACCACCCACAAUUUCCGACGCCACCAUCGACAGGCUCUUCCAUGUGAAUCAACGUUGGCUCGGACCAUUCGCCUUCUCUUCAAAAAACAAUCAAAGCAGUACGCCAGUUCUCCAGUCGGAAAUCACCGAAGGCCAAGGCAAUUCCGACCCAAAUCUACAAGCAUGGCCGUCCACAAUUCGUGAAAAAGCUAACCUCACUGUUUCAGGAGAUGUGAUGCCGAAGAAAAGUCCCCGAGAUUUCAAGGAUGCUACAAUCGGAUGCAUCUACGAACUAUGUGGUAAAGACAGAGGCAAUCCCUCGUCAGCAUCACUGGAAAAAUCUUCCCCACAGUUCCCCUCAAUCACCUCAGCACUUACCUGGAGCAAUGAAUCUUCACGAGAAAUCCAUAUCGAUUCUGACGGAACCUCGGAACAAUAA